AUGAAGUUCACGGAGGGAAUGUGGCGUUUGAGGGAGGGCAUUCGGAUCGACUGGAUGAGCAACGUCGAGCGGUUGAGCGUUGACAAUGAAACCGUAGAUCUGCUGCUGAACAAACUGCAGCGGCAUCGGGGCGAUACCCUCAACUCAGGAACUAUCACCGCGCAAAUCACAUCUCCACUGGAAGGCAUCAUCGGGGUGAAUCUCGUCCAUUGGGCAGGCGCACUAGACCAGGGCCCCCAUUUUGAACUCGCCUCGUCCACAGGACACGUCCAAAUUGCUCACACCGAGCGCCAAUCUCUUCGCUACGGCAGCGGCCCGCUCAGCCUAGCCAUCACGACUGCCCCCAACGAACUGGAAUUCAACUUCACCGGCGCAGACAAGCCCACCACCAAACUCACCGGUCACUCCUGGCGCUCAAUCGGCUACGUGAGCGACCAGACCACCGAAAAGUCCCGUUGGGAAGACGGACUCUACCUCGAGCGGCAGGGCUACAUGCUCGCCGAGCUCGAUCUCAGCGUCGGCGAGAAGCUGUACGGGCUGGGAGAGCGGUUCGGGCCCUUUAUCAAGAACGGCCAGACGGUGGACAUCUGGAACGAGGAUGGCGGUACCUCCUCGGAGCUGGCAUACAAGAACAUCCCAUUCUAUAUCAGCUCCGCCGGAUACGGGGUGUUUGUGAACAACCCGGGCAAAGUCAGCUUCGAGUUGCAGUCAGAACGGACAACGCGAGUCAACAUCUCCAUUUCCGGCGAGGAGCUGCAAUACUUUGUCAUCUACGGCAGCAGUCCCAAGGAGAUCUUGCGGCGAUAUACCGCCCUCACUGGCCGUCCAAGCCUGGUUCCAGCGUGGAGUUACAACCUCUGGCUUACAACAAGCUUCACCACCAACUACGACGAACAAACCGUCACCGGCUUCCUCGACGGCUUCCGGGAUCGCGACAUCCCACUCGGUGUCUUCCACUUCGACUGCUUCUGGAUGAAGUCUUACCAAUGGUGCGAUUUUGACUUCGACUCGGACAUGUUCCCAGAUGCAGCAGGCUAUAUCAAGCGACUGAAGGAGCGCGGUCUUCGCAUUAGCGUAUGGCUGAACCCAUAUAUAGGCCAAGCGUCGCCGCUAUUCCGCGAGGGAAAAGAAAACGGCUACUUCAUCAAGCGCACCGACGGCACAAUCUUCCAGUGGGACAACUGGCAAGCCGGCAUGGCCAUCGUCGACUUCACCAACCCGGCCGCCCGCACCUGGUUCAGCGACAAACUCACCCACCUGCUCAAUCUCGGCGUUGACAGCUUCAAAACCGACUUCGGCGAACGCAUCCCCUACAAAAAUAUCCGCUACCAUGACUCCAGCCUCUCCCCAACCCGCAUGCACAACUACUACACCUACCUGUACAACCAGACCGUCCACGCCACCAUGCUCUGCCACCCCGACCACACCUCCAAAGGAAACGCAGUCCUCUUCGCCCGCAGCGCUACUGUCGGCUCCCAACGCCAUCCAAUCCAUUGGUCUGGCGACAGCGAAAGCACCUUUCCCGCCAUGGCUGAAGUCCUCCGCGGCUGCUUAUCCCUCUCCUUGUGCGGAUUCAUCUUCAACUCCACCGACAUCGGCGGCUUCGAAGGCACACCCCAUCCCUCUAUCUACAAACGCUGGGUCCAAUUCGGACUCCUGGCCACGCAUUCCCGACUCCAUGGGUCGAGUUCUUACCGGGUGCCGUGGCUAUAUGAUGACCAGGCCGUAGAUAUUCUCCGGGAUGCAGUGAAACGCAAGAUAGCCCUCUCACCAUACCUCCUCUCUUCAGCCCUGGAGGGAAGUAAGACCGGUGUUGGAGUCAUGAGGCCUCUGUUUGUCGAGUUCCCUACCGAUCAUAAUGUUUAUGCGCUCGAUACAGAGUACAUGCUCGGUGACGGGUUACUCGUCGCUCCCAUCUUCAAUGAGGAGGGUGUGGUCCGGUUCUACGUUCCCCAGUCCAAGGAAGGUACGGAUGGACAAUGGGUCUCCUGGUUCGACCAUGAGAAGGUCUACGAAGGGGGUAAAUGGUACGAAGAGACGCAUGGGUUCGAGACCCUCCCGUUGUUGAUUCGGCCGGGGGCUGUGAUUCCGGUGAAUUGGAAGAUGAAGGGCGCGGAGGAGGAUCCGUUGGAUGGUCUGGAGGUGUUGGUGAAUGGCAGGUUGGACGGGGAGGUCAAGGUUGAUAUUGUGAAUCCGGAUCGCACUGAUGAGGUCUUGAAGGUGGUGACAAUUGGAAUGGGUCCGGAUGGAGUGGUUGUGGAUCAGGAGGGGGUUAAGGUGGUUCGAGUGGGUUAG